CCCACUCGGUUGAGGCGACUUGAGAGGAUGGAGGGGGCCAUUCCAUCCUAUCUCUUGAGCGCUUACUGAGUGCCAAGCACUGUACUGAACGCCUGGGAGGUGCAAAUCGUUAAUAUAGACAGACGGGCCCGUGGUGGGGGGUGGAGGGGACUGGUUAGCCCGAGUUUGGCUCAAGGACCAGAAUCCUUCGCGCGCCCCUCAGGCCUGAGGGCCAUGAUGGGGGCUGGAAGUGGGCAGCAGCGUUGGCCCAGUGUGCUGCUCGUCCUUUUUGCCCUUCUGCCCAUCGUGUCGGGCUUCACGCCCUCCCUGGACAGCGAUUUCACCUUCACCCUCCCGGCGGGCCGCAAGGAAUGCUUCUUCCAGCCCAUGCCGCGCCAGGCCUCGCUGGAGAUCGAGUACCAGGUUUUAGAUGGAGCUGGAUUAGAUAUUGAUUUCUACAUUAUGUCUCCAAAAGGAGAAACAUUAGUAUCUGAGCAGAGAAAAUCUGAUGGAGUCCACACAGUGGACACUGAAGAGGGGGACUACAUGUUUUGCUUUGACAAUACAUUCAGUACCAUUUCCGAGAAAGUGAUUUUCUUCGAACUAAUCCUUGAUAAUAUGGGGGAACAGGCGCAAGACCAAGAUGACUGGAAGAAGUAUAUUACUGGCACAGAUACAUUGGAUAUGAAACUUGAAGAUAUUCUAGAAUCCAUUGAUAACAUCAAGUCCAGACUAAGCAAAAGCGUGCAUAUCCAGGUUCUGCUUAAAGCAUUCGAAGCUCGGGACCGAAACAUACAAGAAAGCAAUUUUGACAGAGUGAAUUUUUGGUCCCUGGUCAAUUUAGGAGUAAUGGUGGUGGUGUCGGCAAUUCAGGUGUACAUGCUGAAGAGUCUUUUUGAAGAGAAGAGGAAAAGUAGAACUUAACAGCUGGAGCUGCCUUAAAUCCCUAAAAGCAGUAGAAAACCAAACAACAGACUUGCAGAAAAGGAUACUGGUAUUCUCUUCACACUUGUUUUCAGCAGGAACUAUACUUAGAGGGCCUCUGAUUCACCUGCAACUUGAAUAUGGCAUAAUAUUUUCCUUUCAUCCCUAAAGUGCAAUUACCAGUCUCCACUGAAUGUCCCUUGCAGGGUUUUUGCAGUAUUUUUGUAUUUGAUGGUUAAUGCGAAUCCAAUUACAGGUAAUAGCUCACGUUAGUCUAAAGCAAUAAUGAUCCUGCCAUAGUUUCGAAAAGCAUUUCCCUAAGUCGGGGUUGUUCUUCUGUGGAGUAGCUCUUGUGAUUUAGAGAACUUCACAACCAAGUAUUAUACGAACUGGCUGCAUAUAUUCCCCAAACCUCUGUGUACUUAAGCGAUUUCCUAACUUCGACCAGCCGUGUUACAUCUCGGGAAUAUUAACUGUAAAAUCUUUCUUGAAUUAGCUACCUAAGGGAUUACUAUUGACUUUAAAGGUAGGGGCCCGCAUCUUUCUGUACUUGCACGUAACUCCCAUUAGAAUACAUAGGAGCUGAUUGCGUGUGCAGUUAAAGUUGAGCCCAUUGGGUUUUAGCCUGC